AUGGCGUUUACAGGGACAUUAGACAAAUGCAAGGCGUGUGACAAGACUGUAUACGUUAUGGAUUUGAUGACAUUGGAAGGAAUGCCUUACCACAAGUCAUGCUUCAGGUGCAGCCAUUGCAAUGGCACUCUUGUGACUAGCAACUACUCAUCCAUGGAUGGAGUUCUGUAUUGCAAACCCCAUUUUGAACAACUCUUCAAAGAAUUUGGAAACUUCAGCAAGAAUUUUCAGACAGGUUAUAAAAAAUCCUCUACGAGGGCUCCAAGCAAGUUGUCCUCCUUCUUUAGCGGAACACAAGACAAAUGUGCAGCUUGUAAGAAAACAGUUUUUCCACUAGAGAAGAUAACAAUGGAAGGAGAAUCUUACCACAAGACUUGCUUUAGAUGCGCACACGGUGUUGACAUGAAGCAGAAUUAUGUUAGAGACUUAUAA